CAUAAAAGAAAAGAGAGAGAAAGAGUUUUUUUAGAGAGACAGAGAAGGGUGGCUGGGCUAGGAGAGAAGAAGAUAAAAGUGGAAAGCUAAGAUCUUUCAACACUUAAAAUUUUCUAUCUUUGAUUUUCAAAAGAACAGAAAUAUUCGUUCUGUAAAACACGUCUCUGUAUUUCAUAAAAAAAUAAUCCAGCGAGCCAGAGUCAAUUAUGCUUUGGUUUAUGGUGAUAUGAGAGAUAAGAUAAACUUUGUGAUUACAAGUGGUUUGUUGUUAGAAAGGGGGGAAGAAAAGAGAUGGAUAGAAACAGAGAAGCAAGAAGAGUGAGUUUGGCGGCUAGUAAUGGCUUGUCUAGAAGAAGACAUAGAAGUAGCAGUCUAAGAGACUCUCCAGAAGAUGAUGGACCAGUGGAGUUGCAAGAAACAACGAGGCUACGAGAUCGGAAAAAAGAUCGAGAUCGGGACAGAGAUAGGGACCGAGACCGUGAAAAAGACCGAGAGAGAGACCGGAUUAGCGGCAGGAGUAAAAGACGGAGAGGGGAGAGAUUGAUGCACGGGAGUAACAGAGAAGAUGGAGAGCGAGACGAUAGCUCAGACGAAGAGAGCGUUAACGAUGACGAAUAUGAAGAUGACGAUGACGCAGUUGGUGUUGCUGGGAGUUCCAUGAGGAUGCUCCCACCGAAUCCUUCUUCUUUAUCUUCUUCUUCUAUGUCUAAUCAUCAUCAUCGGAAGAGCUUUCCUCCGCCGGCCAAAGUUUUUAGAACCGCGCCGACGACGAUAAAUACCACGGCAGCAGUAACACCGUGGAAGGCUCCUGAUGAAAUGAUUGGCGUGUCGGUGCCUAGAAAAGCUCGGUCAGCAUCCACUAAGAGGUCACAUGAAUGUUGGGUUUCAAGUGGUGGCGGAGUUGGUAGUGAGCAAACUCACCGGCAAGCUUCGACAUCUCCGGUAAGAUCGAGUGGACCAGCUAUGCUGGCUUCAAUUUCAGCUUCUCCGGCUGCUCCCGCAUCCCCUCCAUCAUCUUCUAAUGCUUCAGUAAAAAAGAAGAUGAAGCCAAAUGGACCGAAACAGAAACCACCUAAAUCUUCUUCGAAACCCAACUCUUCAGCACAAGAUGAGAUUGAGUUUGAGAUUGCUGAGGUGUUGUAUGGAUUGUUGAGGCAACCACAAGCACCUUCAAAGCAAGAAAUAGUGGGAAAUGAUUCGACAAAGUUUGAUUCCAGAGAAAAUCAUAAUAAGUCUACUAGUGAUGCUAAAUCCAGAGUUUCCUCGCCGAUCUCUAACUCACAGUCAACUGUUCCUCAGUCAUCUUCAAUUCCUCAAUCUAAUUCUAGCUCCUCUGCUGCUCCUAUGUCUGCAAUUGCACCGAAGAGGAAGAGACCGCGACCAGUAAAGUAUGAAGAUGAGCAUCCUGCUAAUUUUCCUGCUCGCAAUAGUUCCAUUUUGUCAACGGCCAAGAUUGACAUUGAUCAGCCUGCAAAAAAUGAAUCUUCUCCUAAUAUAGAGAAGAAUUUGGGAUCUGCAGCUGAAAAUGGUGGAGUUUCAUGUGAUUUACUGGCCAAUCAAGCUGCUCCGGCGACAACAGAGGCGCAGCUGCAGGAGGUUGUUAAGCCGGAGAAUCAUCCGUCAUCGGAUUCCAAGCCCAUGACUGAAGAAUCAGAAUGUAGAGAUUUGGGUGAACCUAAAGAAGAGCCUAGGUCUCCUAUGAAGGAAUCCACUCCUGGCCUUAGAUUUGAUGAUGGUUCCGAGAGUUUGACAGCAAAUAAAGCGAAUGUGAUGGCCUCUGAGAUUGAUAGCCAGCGAGAAGAAAAGUUCCAGAUCGAUCUGAUGGCUCCUCCUCCAUCAAGAUCAUCUCCAGAAAGGGACAUUGAGAUUGAUUUUGUGGCUGUAGAUCCUAAAUCUAUGGUCACAAAUGGGGAAACGGAAAAGAAGCCUAUGAUGGUCAAAGAAGACGAGAAAGCAUUAAAAACUGGGAAGGAAAAUAUGAAUGUGGAACCUGAAGAGAAAAGGACAAAAGUUACAGGAGAAGAAGUUGAAUCCCAGAAGCCUAUUGUUAAUGAAGAGAGGAAUAUUGAUCUCCAGCUGGAUUUAGAGAAGGCUGAUAGAGAUAGUGCUACUGUUACUGCAAGUAGAAACAAGCUACUUCAGCAUGUCCAGAAGCAGCAGCAACCCAACAUAGAGAAAAUUGCUCCUCAAUCUAGUUCUUUGCCUUUGCCAAUGUCUAUGACUAGCUGGCCUGGUGGGCUUCCUCACAUGGGAUAUAUGGCACCUCUACAAGGAGUUGUUUCCAUGGAUGGAAGUGCCGUGUCUUCUGCAGCCUUACAGCCUCCACAUUUGAUUUUUAGCCAACCACGGCCAAAAAGGUGUGCAACACAUUGCUACAUUGCAAGGAAUAUUCUUUGUCACCAGCAAAUUAUUAGGAUGAAUCCUUUCUGGCCACCAGCAGGGGCUCCUGCUUUACAGUAUGGGGCUAAAGCGAGCAAUAUGAAUGUGGUGCCCUCCACCGAUUUGCAUGCAGUUAGAGGUGGGAAUUCUGUAGAGAAGGGGCAGGGUCUUGCCAUCUUUCCAGGUCCCGCUGGGAAGGACAAGAAUUCUCAAGCUGCUAACAGUGUAGACGCUGCACAGAGAAAGCAGAUUUUGCUUCAGCAAGCCUUGCCCCCUGGUGCUCACAGUAAUAUUUUGCAUGGACCCACUUUUAUCUUCCCAAUGAAUCAACAACAAGCUGCUGCUGCAGCAGCAGCUUCUGUCCGACCAGGCAGUGUGAAGUCUUCUCCUGCUGCUGGCAGUGUAGCUUCCUCAAGUAGCUCAAGUUCUGCUUCAAUAAGUGCCACGGCACCAGCAGUAGCUGGUGCUACAGCAAUGAGCUUCAACUACCCAAACUUCCCAGGCAAUGAAACUCAAUACUUGGCAAUUUUGCAGAAUGGUGCAUACCCGAUUCCAAUCCCUGCACAUGUUGGGCCCACAACAGCUUAUAGAGGAACCCAUCCUCAGGCUAUGCCUUUGUUUAAUGGAUCAUUUUAUUCUUCUCGAAUGGUUCAUCCUUCACAGCUUCAGCAACAGCAACAACCAUCCACACAGACACAACAAAGCCAACAAGGUCAUCAAAAUCCAAGUAUUUCUAGUGGUUCCUCGUCAUCCCAGAAGCAUUUGCAGAAUCAGCAGCAUAAACCACAUGGGAGUGCAGGUAGUGGAAAUUUGCAAGGUUUUCCUUGCCCUAAAAACCAGCCGCCUCAAUCCCUGCCAAACCAUCAGCGGCAGCUGAUGCAAAAUCAAAAUGUUACUCACCAAGCCCGUCAACUUGAGAGUGAAUUAGGUGGUGAAGACAGUCCAUCAACUGCUGACAGUCGAGUUUCCCGUGCAAACAUGAGUAUUUAUGGCCAGAAUUUAAUGCCAAUACAUCCCGCAAACUUUGCUUUGAUGAAUCCCCCACCAAUGGGUAGUGCCCAUAGUGCAAGUGGGAAUACUGGUGAAAAGAAAUCGCAGCAGCCACAAACACAGGCUUCAAAGGCUGGGGUUGAGCCUUUGGCAUCUCAGACUUUUGCAAUGUCAUUUGCUCCCAUCAACGGAACCACAGCUUCCCCAGGUCUUGAUAUUUCAUCACUUGCACAGAAUCAUGCUCUUCUCCAAAGCCUCCCAGAGGCAGCAAGGCAUGGCUAUCAUCACUUCAUUGCUGCGGCCCAAGCAACACAGCAGAAGAAUUACCGUGUUUCUGAAGAAGGGAAUAGCGGAGGAAAUGACACUUCAAAUGUGGAAGAAGAGAGGAAGGCCAUGGCAGGAGGAAAGACUCCAUUAUCUGCUGGGCAGUCAAUUGUGUUCUCUCGGCCAGAUUUAACAGACUCCCCUGUUUCAACAAUGCCUGUCAACAAUGUUGUUGAUAGCUCAGCCAGAAAUCUUAACCUUGGGUCCGCUCCUGCUCGGACCUCUGGCUCUUUUAUGUCAGCUACUAUUGGCACUGGAAAUGCACCAAGUAUGCAGCAGCAGAUGCAGCGGAAUCAUCAUCAGCAGCAGCAGUGGAAUCAGCAAAUCUUUCAGUUUCAGAAGCAGCAACAAUUUGCAGCUGCAGCUGCAGCUUCCACUCGUAGUAAAACACCAGCAACUAGUAAUGGAAGUGUUUAUUCAGACCACAUUUCAUCAUCAUCAUCUGCGGCCACCAAGUUCCCUAAUGCACUUUCUGCAUUUCCUCAAAAUCUUGUUCAAAGCAGCAGUAGUCCAGCUCAAUCUCCUCAGUGGAAAAGUUCUGCGAGGACCACAACCUCUCAAGUUCCUUCUUCGUCCCUAACCUCAUCUUCAUCGACCCUCAAAAACCUUCCUCAACAGCAAGGCCGAACCCAACAAAGUAACUCACACAUAUCUUUUGCAGCUAACCAAAAAUCAUCUGCUUCUCCUCAAGGGCAACCGAAUCCUAGUAGUAACCAAUCAUCAUCUCCUCCAUUGGUGGUUGGUUCCCCAACAACAUCAAUUUCUAAGAGUGCAGGUGGAAGUCCAAGGACAUCCACUUCCACAAGUAACAAAGGUGGCCAAUCAUCUCAGCAAUCCAAGAACUCUGCCUCAGUGCCCGUGCAAAAAUCGUCUCCAGUUGGUGGAAGAAAUAUUCCAUCAAUCCUUGGUUAUCCUCACAACUCUUCUUCAUCUAACCCUGGUGCAAAGCCUCAACUGUCACAUCAGCAGCAGCAGCACUUAACAAAGCAUGCACUGCCGCAGGCUCAGCUAAUCUACACUAAUGCUUUUAUGCAAGUUCAAGCUCAACAUGUGGCAAAUUCAACAAAUGUUGCAUCAGCAGCUAGUGGGUUUUAUCUGCAAAGACACCGCAGUGAGCAGCAGCCGCAACCACAUGGGGCACCAGCAACCUCUUCUACAGGGAUGUUGAAUUUAUGUCAUCCAGUCACGCUUGCCAACACCAGCACAACUGAUCCUGCAAAGGCAGUUGCUGCAGCUUCUAACAAUAUGAAAGGUGGUGGCUUACCUCCACAGGGUCUUAUCCAUGCUCAAUUUGCUGCUGUCCAGCCCUCUGGAAAGCCGCACCAGAUCUUACCUGCUGGCUUCCAUUAUGUCCAUCCUGUUCCCACUGCAGUUCAGGUGAAACCAGCAGAGCAGAAACAACCUGCUGGCGAAUAGAAUCACGUGUCUGCCUGGUGCUUUAAAUGGCAAGCCCCGCAGAGGAGAUGGAGAUGAUUUAAAAAACGAGAUUGGUUUGACGGGAUUUUUAAGAAUUUAAGAGCACAGUUAACAAGCCAAGGGAGACAUUUUGAAUACCUCCUGGCAGAAUGAGAAGAAAUGAAAGGGUGAAAAAUGUUCAAGGAAGCACGCCAGCUGGAUCCAACCCCACAAUUUUGGCAAGGAAAGUUGGGGGAUGCUAUAUUUCGUGCUGGUUGUGCUUGCUCUUUACACUUGUGUUUAUAGUCUGACAGAGGGUUGAUGGUCAGGUCUUAUUAAAUUUUGAUUGGUUUGAUGGCGAGAGGCUGGGAAUGAAAAGCAUGGGGUAAGUUUGAUUCCGAGUGUUUUUUGUAGGGAAAAGGGAGGAAAGAUGAUGAAGAUGAGGGAGGGAGGGAAAGGGGGAGAAAAAGAACUGCCUUUCCUUCUUUUGGGUCAGUUUUUUUCUUUUCACUUUGUUAGAUUUUUCUUUCCUUCUUUCGGGGGGUCUGAUUUUAUUUUCCUGCAAGAGCUGUAGGCAGUAUCUUUCGAAACAAUCUCUCUCUAUAUAUAUAGUGGAGGGUGUAUAUGUAUAUGUCUGGCACAUAUAAAAGUAAACCCUCUCAAUUUUUUAAUUUAA